GGCAAUAAUGAUUUUACGUGGCUCAACUUCAAUGCUCAAUUUAUACAGUUUAUCAACCACCACCCCAAAGCUCCUCUCUCGUUUCAGCCGCUCCUCUUUCCUCUCUACUUCCCCGCCAUCUCCUCCAAUACGUUUUAUUUGGCUCAAUCAAUCCUACAGGCGCCGAACCAGGGCCUUCAGCAGUGCAGCCGUUGCUGUCUCUUCUCUAGAGAAAACUGGGGGAGAUACCUUCUUUGCUGAAGAGACUGUUUCCUGGAAGUCUCUUGGCUUAUCUGAUCGGAUCUCUCAAACUCUAUCUAAUGCCGGUUUCGAUAGACCCUCCCUCGUUCAGGCUGCCUGCAUGCCGUCUAUACUCUCUGGAAAAGUUGUUGUAAUUGCUGCGGAAACUGGUAGUGGUAAAACAUAUGGUUAUCUGGUUCCCCUGAUUGAUAAGCUCUGUAGUGCUCGGCAUGAUGGGGAUAAUGAUUCGGAUAAACCUACUGCUUAUUCGCGUAGUUUAUCUGUUGUUCUGUGCCCAAAUGUAUUGCUUUGUGAACAAGUGGCUCGAAUGGCUAAUGAUCUUUCAGGUGAUGAUGGCAAACCACUUCUCAGAGUCGCAGUGGUGUGUGGUCGACAGGGGUGGCCAGUUAAUGAACCAGAUGUUAUUGUGUCAACACCGGUUGCUCUUUUGAACAAUAUAGACCCAAAAAAACAUCAUCGUUCGGAUUUCAUUCGUGCUGUAAAGUAUAUGGUUUUUGAUGAAGCAGAUAUGCUUCUUUGUGGGGGCUUUGAGAAUCAUGUUAUCCGUCUUAUACACAUGUUCCGUUUUGAUGAAAAGCUGUUGUCUCGGAUGAGUAAAUCUGGACUUGAGAAUCCCGUGGAACUGACUUCUUAUUCUGUAUCACACUUUGACUUCGAAGGUGAGGAAGACAUACAAAAUGAAUCCAUCUCUGAUGCUGAGGACUUGACAGAAGGAACUCAAACUUCAUCCAUCGAGAAAAAGGACUGGAGGAGAGUGAGAAAAUAUUAUGAACGAAGUAAGCAGUAUAUAUUUGUUGCUGCAACCCUUCCAGUUAAUGGAAAGAAAACUGCUGGUGCUGUGUUGAAAAAGAUGUUUCCAGAUGCCAACUGGGUUAGUGGAAGCUACCUCCAUCAACAAAAUCCUAGAUUGAAGGAGAAAUGGGUUGAAGUCACAACUGACACUCAGGUUGAUGCACUAAUAGAGGCUGUAAAGCAAUUUGACUCAAAAUCAUUGGAUCAUGGUGCUGGUGUUAGCCGAACCAUGGUGUUCGCUAACACUGUUGAGGCUGUUGAAGCAGUGGCUAAUAUACUGCAGAGGGCUGAAAUCGAGUGUUGCCGUUACCAUAAGGACCUCUCCCUGGAAGAACGUGCUGAGUCCUUAGAUGGUUUUCGAGAGAGAGGCGGAAUUUUUGUGUGCACAGAUGCAGCUGCUCGUGGCGUUGACAUUCCAAAUGUUUCGCAUGUCAUCCAGGCAGACUUCGCCACUUCUGCGGUAGAUUUCUUGCAUAGGGUUGGUCGAACUGCACGGGCUGGUCAAUUUGGAGUUGUAACUUGCCUCUACAAUGAAUCGAACCGAGACCUAGUUAAUGCAAUACGUGCAGCUGGGAAGCUGGGCAGCCUGUGGUAA